UUCCUCCCCGCGUGUCUCCAAGUCGUCGGUCGUCUCGACGACCCUCGUUAAUAUCGCGGCCGAUCGUGGAGGAGAAUGUCACGUUGAAACGUGAGAACGGAUACGGUUUAUACGCUGAAUCGACCGAAUCGAGUUUCGACGAUCCUCGCGUCUCGAUGGACGUUACAUCAUCUGGAAGGCGACCUCGCGAGAUGGUAGCCGUCAAGUACAGCGGGUAAAGGAGACGCGCCGCGUACCUGGAUCGUCGUGCGACGAGGAUCAACGCGGAGGGAAACAGGUAGAGUACGGUCGGAAGGGAACGGAGGUGGACGAAGAGCCAGGAAACACAGGUUUAUAAAAGAGCGAAAGAGCGGGGGCGUAGCCUGGGCCCACGCGUACACAACGAGAGUGUACCGAGAAGAUGACCAUGGCGAGCAACAUUGUGGUCGAGUGGCUGCGCUCGCUCCACCUCGGCCAAUACUCGGAGUCGUUCAUCGACAAUGGCUACGACGACCUUGAGAUCUGCAAGCAGAUCGGCGAUCCGGAUCUCGACGCGAUCGGAGUCUUCAAUCAGAAGCACCGCGCUCGCUUGCUGCAGUCGGUGAAGACCCUCCGCGAGGAGGGCGCCGCGAGUGUAUACUUUACGCUAGAGGAGACUAACGACAGUAACUGCGACAACAUCAGCUCCAAGUCUUCGAGGACGUCGUCCGAGAGGCCACCCAGCGACAAAGAGGCGCAACGAGCGUCGCCCACGGCAAGUUCCUCCAGCGGCGGUCAAGAGUUGACCAAGUUUGCAGACGAGUACGAGGAGGGCAAGGCCGAGCUGGUGAGAAUUCCAAGGAUGCAACUGAGGAUGCUGCUGCAGGAGAAGCUGAGACACGACGGCAUUAGGCUAGCCUGUCAACCAUACACCACACCGGAGGGCGAGAGGGGGUAUUUGGAGGGACUCGCUUCGAGGUACGCGGAUCUCUUCAGAACACAUUACGGAGAUGUUUUGGAACCGCUCGAGGAGUUACGUCGGCGAGAAACAAACGCUUCCGCCAGAAUGCCCAACACUCAGCUCACCACCAGUCAUUCACAGCCCAUUUACGUGCCCGGGAAAUACUCGCCCUCGAGCUGUCUCAGCGACAAGGAGGAGGAUGAAAUCUAUGGCUUCGGAUACGGGGUCUUCAGCAGACAGAUGCUCCAGCAUCGGCAGCAGAAGCUCGCACUCGCCACACAAAACACGACUGCCGCCGUGACAUCAGGUGGACCUCAGGCAACCUAUCAAAGUUGUCUGAGCCCGAGAUCUGCGUUCUUCUACGAGUUCCCGCCUAACGAACAGGGACAAAAUACGAGUAAGAAAAAGACGACAUUUUCAAGGCUAUUACGAGGAUUGAAGACCCAUAGGAAAGAGAAACAAGGCCAACAAACUCAAGGCUCUCCCAGGCACGGUCGCGCAAGGAUGGGCGUUCCUCAAAGGGUAGAUACACCUGACAGUGUUCUUCAAAGCGGUUUGGGUCUCGGAUCCGACAUGGGACACACGAUUCUUCGUUCGAUGGUGGAUCCUAGAGAUUACGAUCGACUGAGAUAUCUACAGAUGAAUGGCGGACAACCAAAUAGUUUCGAAGAAACUAUACAUAGGCUGAAAGUUCAAGAGGCGCUACGAAAGAAAGAGCGAUUCCACAAAGAGCACGAGGAGAUACUAAGGGAUAUCCGGCAGGGUUUAAUGCAGCUAGGACGAGACGGACGGGGUCAGCUCCCUGGGGAUGAUACGUAUAUGUACGAUGAAGACGCGCGAUGCGGAGGUGCGGGCGUUUUAGGACCAGGUGGUCAACAUUGGUACGACGAACCACCUUACGAAUCCGAUCCCGAAGACUUUCUUAUGGGAGCUAGCGGUGGUCCGGUACCUACCGCGACUAUCCAAAAUGGAAGGGUAUGCUUUACACUGAACUUGAGGCCGGAGAAUCGAGGGGAGGGCGUGAUCUCUCUUCGAACAGCUGGCGAUAUCAGUUUGCCGCGCGAUCGUUCGAGAAAAGGUGCGACGUCGACGAUGCGAGGUCUCAUCGUUCCUCAGGGUCACAAUAAUCCGCCGACGAUUAUACCCUUAACCCAUUCAAGGGCUUCGCGUGAGAGCGGAGAUUACGCGAGUAGCGACGUGCAGAGCCGGAGUAGCGGCGAGGAGGGACUAUCGCCCAGCCAGAGCAGCGACUAUGAAGAUCAAGAGGAACUCGAGAGUCAACACUCGGCCGCUGUACACACAUCGGAGGCCAGCGCUCUGCUGGAGGGCGACGCCAGGGCGGGAAUCGCGGGCCGGGCGAGGAAUUUGAGGCACGACGUGCAACGAAAGAUCUCGAGGCUACGCCAGGAUCGCGCGUCCUCGGAAGCCUUCCCGUGCAGCGCGAGCAGCGUCGAGAGCCUGCCGAGUGGAAGCGGCUCGAGCACGCAGGCACUGGUCCGAGCGGGAAGCAAUCACAGCUCGAUAUCCUGCGAGGACAGGGACGCCGUCAGCCCGACGUCUAUCGGACCUGUCCUCUGUAGAGCGAGGGCGCUCGUAGAUUACACCCCCAGUCCGUACGACAAGGACGCGCUCAAGUUCAAGAAGGGGGACAUAAUCGAUGUGGUACAAAUGAACAAGAGCGGGCUGUGGAAGGGCGUCGUGCACAACAGGAUAGGCCACUUCAAGUUCAUAAACGUCGAGAUACUGAACGACAGGGUACCUAGGCGAGGGGAACCGGAGCGGGGCAAGUGGGGUCAGAGAUAUAGGCAGAAGCCGGGUUCCGUUCAAGAGCUCUUGCAGAGAAUGAAUCUUCAGGAACAUAUUCCAGUUUUUAUAUUGAACGGAUACGAGGAUCUCGAGCUCUUCAGGGAGUUGGAGGCGGCGGAUCUGGACUAUUUGCGUAUACAUCAACCCGAGGAUCGUGCCAAGAUACUCACAGCCGUGCAGCUUCUACACGAUCUUCAGUCGGGUAGCGAAGGUGACCUGGCUUCGAGUUCGGAGGGUGACGAGGUCAGCCGUCUGGUCUUAACCUCUGGCCAGACGUCCGGCCACUGUUCUCCCUUCAACCGACGCCAGUUCCCGCGGGAUUCCGGCUGCUACGAUGCGCACAAGAAUACGACCAGUCGGCGGACCAUCAGCCCGGAAUCAACCACGACGUCGAAGCUGUCGAGAGAGAACAAUUUGGAUAGCGCGUCGACGGCAGCUACGAAGAACGCCAGCGGUGCGGCCGCCACGGAGGGUGGUUUGGUCGAUCCGAAGGACGACUUCCAUCCCAAUAUACCGAUCUCCGGCCCGGUAGAAAGGAAAGAGAACCAAUUCGAGAAAUCGCCGUUGCUGCGGGGCGGCAGCGUGCGAUAUAUCGCGAAAAGAGGUACCUUCGGCGAGACGGUGGUCAUCGAGGACACUUGCGAAAGUGGCCCGAAAUUGGGCGGUAUGGUCAAGUACAUGGUCGGCGGUGCCGGCGAUCUCGGCCUCGAGAGCGCCAGCAACGUCACCGGUCUCGGUCAGCGCGGUUGUCUCAGCGAGAAAUCGAGCGACUCCGGCGUCAGCUCGUCCAGCAUCAGCUCGGCGCCUCCGCCUAGGGACAAGGUCCUCGCAUCAGCCAGCGCCCUUUCGGACUCGCCGACCAAGACCUUUGGUAGCUUCACCAGAGCCUCGCCGACUUCCCAGGGUGGCAGCAAAACUCAGAACAACGAUGGGAGCUACCAAUGAGAGAAGCAGCAUCGAAUCGGUACGUCGAUGAGUCGCGGCGCGAUCUUGAGCCCGAAGGUAAGAAAAAUAAAAAUGGGAGAAUUGCUUAAUGAUCUUAAUGGGGAACCGAUUGAGCAGCCUUAAUUCAGAUUCAAAUGAGAUUUACGUGAUCGCGAUCGUCUCUGGGCUACGAUUCGUCCGCGAAAAAAUUGAGCAAUGUCGGGAUCAACGAAUAUUACGGAUAUGUAUUUUGUAUUCGGUAAGAAAAAUACAACUUCCGAAUCCGAUCUUAAUGAGAACAAGAUGUUUCUUCCACUCCGAAUAACUUGCAGAGUUAAAGCAAUUCUAACGAGAUUGAUAAUAAUAAUAAUUGACAAAUGCUAUAUUUGCUCGUUGUAAAGUAUGCGGUGCAUACAAACGCAUCUCGAUUUAAAUACGCAAAGCAAUAUCUUAUAUUUUCUGUUAUUUUUAUUGAAAAAAUAUAAAUAAUAAGAUCUUACUUUGUUUGAUAAUUUUUGUCACGAACGCGCGUGAUCAUAAAUUUUAAUAUCUCUUGACACCCGCUGAUAUUAACGUCGGGAGAAUAUUUUGUUAUUCCGUAUCUUGAAUAUUUGGGAAUGGCGAGGGAGAGUGAUGAAAAGAACUGAGGCAAAAAUCACGCAAAAUUCUGAAACUCAGAAUUUUUAAAUUUAUAAUAAGAGCUGCCGGAAGGAUGCGCGAGCAAAGUUUCUUACGUUUGAUUCGAAAGAGGUGCGUUUGAUGAGAAGGGCGAGGCUGACAAUGAUGAUGUCACUGCCAGUCAUCAUUCUGAUCAUAACACCUUGCCGAUUGCUCUUGGUUUAUCGAAACCAAGCCAAGUUACAUCGCCUACGUAAUUGUGUAAUUAAUAAUAGUAAUAAUAAUAAGCGAAGAAUACUAUGUGAUACGGUAGCAAUAUACGAUCGAUUAAUCGAGUAGGUAGAGAAGAAAGAAACGACGGCCAGCGACGACGUGAAUCGUCGUCGCGAUCCAAUGCGUACAAUAAAUAUAAAUGACGAGAAAAAAAUGAAGAAAUAAAAAGAUUGUAAAUAACGAAUAUGCGUGUCCAUUAGUUUUGAUUUCGCGUUUGGUAUUAUCUGUCGAUUUCAUCUCAGCGACGACCUCGCGAUCAUUGCAGACACUAUAUAGUUUGUCCGACAUAUAGUCUGUCAAAAACUGCCAGCGUUAUCGAGUUUUUGUCUCUCUUCAGAUAGCGAUCUCUUAUCUCAUAUAUUUUAACGUCUUUUAUACGUUAAAUCGAUCUCAUCGCUAUAUAAAAGACGUGUGUAAACCGUACGAGAAAUAGUUAUGAAUGAUCUUGAGACAAUUUUCUCGCUUAAAUAUAAUAAACUCGCGAGGAUCCAUCUUUCUUAUCCGGUGAUGUAGACGGAUUAUCGGAUCACAGGAUGCCUUACGAGCGUUUUUCACUCUUACUUAUAAUUAGCUUAUUUACGCGACUUUAAUAAAGCUUACACUCGAACGU